UUUCUUUUUUUUUUGGCUUUAGGAUAAAUUUAGAUAUAUUAAACAAAGACGGCAAGUUUUAAAUAUAUGACCGAUACCAAUUUGAAAGCCUAUAACGCCUUUCGUCGCGAUUUGGCCAAAAUUCAUCGGACUUUCAAUUCAUAUACCCAAACUGAAUUCACUGACGAUGCGGCAACUUGCACAGACUCUGAACUCCAGCUAAUUGAUGAAUUUUCUCUUCAAACUGAUUCUGAUACCACGCUUAAGAUUAAAUUUCCCACAUAUGAGAUGAAAUCGAAAUAAGCCAACAAAUAUGCUAAACAGGAAGCAAUCAAAAGACCAUAAAUUAGAGAAGAAAUAUCCCAGUACAUGGAC